CCCUUGCUGCUGAAAAACAUCUCUCCGACGAGGGAGAACAGGCGGAUGAUAUGGAGGACAGUGUUCAACGUGUCAACAAGUAUUAUUGGUGCAGGAAUUAUGUCAGUCCCAGCAACUAUGAAGGUCUUAGGUGUCAUUCCUGCAUUCAUGUUGAUUGUUCUGGUUGCUCUAUUAGUGGACAUAUCGGUAGAUUUCAUGUUGAGGUUUACGCAUGCCGGCCAAUCGACCACGUACGCUGGAUUGAUGAAAGAGAACUUUGGAAAGAUAGGUUCCGUGGCAGCACAAAUUUGUGUAACGAUCUCCACUCUUGGUUGCUUGAUCAUAUACCUCAUUAUUAUCGGAGAUGUACUUUCUGGACAUGGAGAACAUCUUGGUGUUCUUCAAGAAUGGUUUGGGAUACAUUGGUGGAAUUCGCGUGAUUUAGCAAUCUUAUUCAUUGUCUUGUUUGUUAUUCUUCCUCUAGUCCUAUAUCGGCGUGUAGAAUCUUUGUGGUUCAGCUCAGCAAUUGCAGUUAUCCUAGCAAUUGUAUUUGUUGGUAUAUGUUCUGUAAUGGCAAUCCUUGCAAUUAUAAAAGGAGAAACAGUAAGGCCAAGAAUGCUACCGGAGCUAAAAGAUAGCACUUCCUUCUUUAAUCUUUUCACUGCUAUCCCUGUUAUUGUAACAGCUUUUACAUUUCACUUCAAUGUUCAUCCUAUUGGAAUUGAGCUGGGGAAACCUGCAACCAUGACCACUGCAGUCAAAAUUUCACUAUCAUUUUGUGCAGCCAUCUAUUUUUCAAUUGGCAUUUUUGGAUACCUUUUGUUUGGAGAUUCAAUCAUGCCAGACAUACUUGUAAAUUUUGAUAAGUCCUCCGGCGCUUCAGCAAUAAGUUCCAUUCUAAAUGACAUAGUUCGUCUAAGCUAUGCACUUCACCUAAUGUUGGUAUUUCCACUCUUAAAUUUCUCUCUAAGGGCCAAUAUCGACGAACUCAUAUUCCCUAAGAAUGAUUUACUGGCAGCUAACGCCAAAAGAUUCAUGUAUCUUACAUUGGUCUUGUUAGCUUUCUCGUAUAUAGCUGCAAUUGCUAUACCAUCCAUAUGGUACAUUUUCCAGUUCCUGGGAUCAACUUCAAAUGUUUGCCUUGCCUUUAUAUUCCCAGGUGCAAUUGCUCUAAGAGAUGUCCAUGGUUUAUCUACAAGAAAAGACAAGAUGAUCGCAGUGGUUAUGAUUUUUUUAGCUGUUGCGACGAGCCUUAUAACCAUUGCUACCAACAUCUACAACAUUACUGGAAAUAGUUCAUAAUUUUUAUCUUUUCCAUGGGGAUUUUAUAUUUUUUUACGACUGUUUUUUGGCAGAUGACUGUGCGUGUAUAGUUGGUGUCUUGGUGAUAUUAGCUAGUUUUCACGAUAUCUUUGUGAAUACAAAACAUAGUUAAAUUUCAGGUCAAUCUUGUUGUUGGCGUAAAUUAUUGUAACGUGAAGGAUUCCCAAUUGUAACAAAUGUGGUUCUCUAUGAAGUUGAGCUCGUGGGGAAGAACAGUAACAAAAAAUGAACCAAA